UCCUUCAGAGCAUCUCUACGUCCACACAAAUGUAACAAUGCCCUUGAUCAGUGGACAAUCCUAAAACCAUCCCAGUUUUCUCCACCCACCUCAUGCCCUUGUUUUGGAAUUGAGAAAGAAGAAAGAAAAACUGAAAAAAACCAAAAAAAAAAAGUUCUUUCUUCUUCUCCUUCUCCUCCAAGAAAUCUAUGGACUAUGCCCACAAAAGGGUCUAUCCCGUGGACGCCAACCCCUCGACCGGCAUGGAUCCCCCGCCUCCCUACCCGCCGAAAUACAUGAUGCUCCAGGAGAACCAGGGUAGCAUCCGCCCGCCCCCUUACCGCCGUAACAUCCCCCGGUACCACUCGAACCACCACAAGUCUGGUGGCGGGGGUUGUUGCCUGAAGUGCAUUUGCUGCUGCUAUUGCUUCCUCUUCCUCCUGAUCUUCGUCCUCGCCACCCUUGCCUUCUACUUCUAUGCCGUGUUCAAGCCGCAGAUCCCGUCCUACACUGUUGACAGCUUCGCGACCAAUUCAUUCGACAUGCAGCCGGACUUCAGCCUCUAUACCGAGUUCGUGGUGACCGUGAAGGCUGACAAUCCUAACCAGAACAUAGGGUUCAAUUACGGCAAGGAAAGUUCGGUCGUGGUCGCUUAUCAGGAUUCAACGCUGUGUAAUGGCCAGCUCCCGGCUUUCCACCAAGGCCACAUGAACAUAACCAUGAUAAAAGUGGUUUUGAAAGGAAAGAGCGAGUUCGGGUCGGGCCUUCAGGAAGCUUUGAUGGAGAACCGGCACACCGGGAAGAUUCCAUUGAAUGUGAUUGUUAAGGUACCAGUUGGCAUUGUUAUCGGGACCUUCCCACUGAGGCAGAUCACGGUUCGCGUCAUCUGUGCUUUGGUUGUGGAUAACUUGUCGCCGAACAAGAAGACGCAAAUCGUAUCGAACACCUGCAUCCCCCAUAUCGAACUAUGAGAUUGGCUUGGACAGAAUGUAUGGACAAGAAUGGACAAUCAGGAGCAUUUAACGCGUUUGCAUCUUUCCGAGAAAUUGAAUGAUCAGAGGCUUUCGCUGAGCAUGUUGUACUGUAAUCAUUCAAUUGUUUAUCAAAGAAGUAAACAAUAUGUUACAGAGGUAUAUAUCCACAGGUGUAGAUUGUAUAGUAUUGGCUUUUGUUGGACGUGGAACUCAAUUUGUUCUCA